AUGAGCCAGGUACACCAUGACGGCAACCUAUACGAGCAGUCACUAAAAAUAACGAAGAAGAUAAAGGACAAAAUAUCUAACCGGAAGGGAUCCAAGGAAGACUUCAAAGAGGUCAAAGUGAAAUUUCUGCCAUAUAAGUACCUGGAUCGUAAUUACAAAACGGUAUUCUUAUCUGUUGGGUUUUGUAUUAACACGUUCCUCUACUUCAGCUUCUGCUUCAUUCUCAAUAAGCUGAUUGAGGGUGUCGUUUUUGCUGCCCUGUCUAGGGUAUCUUACUUUGAUUAUGCCAAUAGUUUGGUGGCGGGGUCCGUUAAGGCGACUCUUAUCCUGUUGCUGUGGUUCCGGUACUGCUCGGGUGGCUACGAUGGAGACCCCUUUUUCCAUUUCUUCAAGAGUAGGCUCAACCUGAUAGGCAGGGGCGAAGCGAAGGUCAUUUUCCUGUCCAACAUCGUCGGGACGCUGCUCUACCUCGGAGUGAUGAAGCUAUUUGUAGGAGCAGACCCCUCGUCACCCAUCAGCACCACCAUCCUAGAGAGGAUACAAAAUGGAAAAGUCACAAAAAGCAGAUCCAUCCUUACCUCUUUUGUUUUUCCACAACUACCAACAGUAGUGAAGAAUGCCCUUGUACAGCUGAUCAUCCUAACAUGCCCUCACGUGAGUAGCGGCAAUAAAUAUUACAACAAAAUCUUUGGGAGUAAUAUGGACCUUUAUUCCUCCAUUGUCAUGGACACCUAUUUUAAUGAAAUGAUUUGCUCCUUCCUGAGUUACGUUUUAUUGUAUAUUUAUUUGUUCACCAAGGAUAGUCUACCUCAUCAAUUAGAAAUAAAUCUCCUGCUGACACAAAUAAUUUUUUUGUUUUCUAUUAGAUGCUCAAAUGUUGUGAGUGGUCCUUUUAUGAGUCUGAGUUGGAUUUUAAACGAAUCCGUUUUAAAGAGGUAUCAUUUUUUUUUUUUUCUGUUUUUACUUAUUUUUCACUACUUUGGGUAUAAGCUAGCUAGCCAUUUUUUUGGACCACCGAAUCUGUCCCUAGUAGAUGCAGCCACUUAUUACAAAAACGUUAAGCAGGAGAUACUUCAGAAAAACGUGAACAGUGCAACGGGUCGUGUAAAUAUCUCCCUCGUGCCAAAUGACAGCGUGGCGCUAAGUGAAGUCAUGGACAGCUACCUGGGUCGCUUCUUUCAGAGGUGCUUUCAGUCCUACAGGGGAGCAGCCUCGAAGAAAGCGGCCUAG